GAGUGCCGGGGCGCCGAGGGGCGGGGACCUCAGGAAGCCAGCCGCUGGAUCACUGCUAUCUCAUCCCCCAGUCUCGGGCAGAAAAUAGUGUCUGCACCGGGUGCAAAGGGACCGCCCGGAAAGUUAAGGUUAAAGAUCCCGCUUCUGCCCCGAAGAACUGUUAUUUUCGGGAAGUGAAGUUGGUUUUUCUCACGUGCCGGAGCCUGGAUUUUCAUUGAGGUGCCCUGUGCACUCUCCUCCGGCUCCCCUAGUUGCCUGUCUGGGGUCUUCCAAAGAAAUUUGGAAGCGCACUUAAUGGAAACUAGGAUUCGCCCAGGAGAGAGUGGGGAAGAAUUUGCCUGCUUGUACAAUGAAGACAGAAACCUGCUUCGCAUCCGAGAGAAGGAAAGACGCAACCAAGAAGCUCACCAAGAGAAAGGGGCGUUUCCUGAGAAGGCUCCGCUGUUCGCAGAGCCCUACAAGACUGCGAAAGGUGAUGAGCUGUCGAGUCGUAUCCAGACCAUGCUAGGAGACUACGAAGAGAUGAAGGAGUUCCUGAGCAGCAAGUCCCACCCCCACCGCCUGGAUGGCUCUGAAGACAGGCCGGGGAAGCCCAGACACCCCUUAUGUCAUGACGGGGGGACUGGCGCUGCAUCCAGCUCCUUCCGAACACAUGUCUACCACCAGCCUAUCCAGGCUUCUGCUCCUGGGUCACUGUCUGUCAGUAACAUUAGCCACAGUCCAAAGAUGGCACAGCCAAGGAUGGGGCCAGUGCCAAAUCUCCAUGCCAAAAUCUAUGGUGCGCCCGAUGGCCCACGUCUGACUCAAGACCGCUCCAGUCAGGGACAUUGUUCCAGAAAGUUUGACCGAAGAGCUGAUGGAGACUCAGCUCCCGAGAGGAAGCUCUCACCCUUAAUCUCCUCUUUGCCAUCCCCCGUACCCCCUCUAUCACCUGUACAUUCCAGGCUGCAGGGAACCAGCAAGGCUCACAGCAGUGGUGUUAGCAAUAAAAGCUGCUGUGUGGGCAAGUCUUCAAAGGACCUGGUGGUGAAGGCCCAAGAUAAAGAGACUCCUCAUGACAGUUUGGUGGCAGUUACCAGCCUUGGAGCAGCCCCUCCUCAGCCAUCUUGCCAGACAUUUCCACCCCCUCCUCUCCCCUCCAAGAGUGUUGCAAUGCAGCAGAAGCCCACAGCAUAUGUCCGUCCCAUGGAUGGUCAGGAUCAGGCUCCUAGUGAGUCUCCUGAACUGAAACCACCACUGGAGGACUAUGGGCAGCAAAGCUUUGAGAAACCAGACCUUAAAGUGCCUGCCAAAGCCAAGCUCGCCAGACUAAGGAUGCCCUCGCAGCCAGUAGAGCAGCCGUACUCCAAUGAAGUUCAUUGUGUUGAAGAGAUUCUGAAGGAAAUGACCCAUUCGUGGCCGCCUCCUCUGACAGCCAUACACACACCCAGUACAGCCGAGCUGUCCAGAUUCCCUUUCCCCACAAAGGAUCCUCUGCACGUCAGUUCUGCAACCCAAAGCCAAAAACAAUAUGACACGCCUUCAAAAACCCACUCCAAUCCCCAGCAAGGAACUUCAUUCCCCACACUGUCUGUCACUUUUCCCAGCAUGCUCGAGGAUGACCUGCAGCUCAGUGACAGUGAAGACAGCGACGUGGAGCAAGUCCAGGUCGCAGAGAAGGCUCCGUCCCCACCUGCACCUCCAAGCGCCCCGCAGACGCUUCCCGAGCCCGUGGCCUCAGCACAUUCCAGUAGUGCGGAGUCGGAGAGCAGCAGCGAGUCAGACAGCUCCUCGGACUCUGAGAGUGAGAGUAGUUCCAGCGACAGCGAGAACGAGCCCCUGGAAACGCAGGCUCCCGAGCCCGAGCCUCCGACAACAAACAAAUGGCAGCUGGACAACUGGUUGACAAAAGUCAACCAACCAUCAGUACCCCCGGAGGUCCGAGGGAGCACAGAGUCUCCACAAUGGUGCCAGGAACGUAAGAGUGGCAGCGAGGGCAGCGGCAACCAGCAGCAUCCUGAUUCCAAAGACCCUCCCCAGAAGAGUUCCAGCAAAGCUCCCCAGCCUGGGAAGAGGAGCAGCGGUCUGAAAUCCCCUGCUCGACAGGAAUCCCCACCUCGGCAAACUGUCGGCAGCAAACAACCCAGAAAACCCGCCAAGGGCUCUGGCCAGGCAGAGCCCCAGGCCAGCUCGCAGGUGGAGAGUGAAGCAGGACCCCUUCCCUAUGGCUCAAAGGAGCAGACUUCCAAAGACAGACCCAAGGUGAAGACGAAAGGCAGGCCUCGUGCUGUAGGCAGUCGGGAGCCUAAGCCCGAGGUCCCUGGGCCUGUGCCUCAGGCAGCUGUGCCCAAGCCGCAGCCCGCUGUGCCCACUCCCAGUGAGAAGAGGAAGCCUAAGGGUUCCACAGCCCCCUCCAAGGCCCUCUCAGGCCCUCAGUCUCUGAAGGACAGUGCUGGGGACAAAAACUCAGAGCACUCUGCCCUUGUCUCCUUGACUCAGAGCCAGGGUCCAUCCCCCAGCGGCAGGGGCAGCGGUGGCGUCAGGACUAGUGGCUGCCGGCAGGCUGUGAUUGCCCAGGAUGGUGGCGGCUCUAAGGCCAAGCUCCUGUUGCCUUUGAGAGACACCAAGUUGCUCUCACCGCUCAGGGACUGUCCACCACCAACAAGCUUGGUGGUAAAGAUAACCCUAGACCUUCUCACGAGGAUUCCCCAGCCCCUGGGGAAGGGGAGCUGCCCCAGGAAAGCAGAAGACAAGCAGCUGCCAGCAGGGAAGAAGCAGGACUCAGAGACAAGGAGCUGUGACAGCUCCAGCAGAGUGACCAAGAAGAGAAAGGGUGACCCAGAAAAAGAGCACAGCAACAAGAGAGCCAAACUGGACAAGUCACAGACGGCGUCAUCUUCGUCUUCCCACACAGAAUCUUCCAGAACAAAGACACCCAGACCCUCCUCAGAGAACUCAAGAAAGGAAAUGCUUCCUCCCCCACCGCUGUCCUCGUCCUCCCAGAAGCCAAGCAGACCUGCACACAAGAGGUCAAGGGCAGAUGCAGACCUCUGUAGCCAGGAUCCCCCCAGAAGUUCCAGCAGCACGAAGAGCAGCUCCACAGACUCUCCCGUUCCCAAGCACAGAAAAGUACAGGCCAGGGGCUCUGAACACAAAGGAUCUUCUGGGGAUGCUGUGAAUCCUUUUCCAGUGCCUUCUUUGCCAAAUGGUAAUGCUAAACCAGGAAAGCCACAGGCGAAGUCUGACAGACAACAAGCUGACUUUCACAUGAAAGAGGCCAAAAAGCUGAAGUGCAAAGCAGAGACAAUGGUGGACAAGGCUGGAAAAGCCUUCAAGUAUUUGGAAGCUGUCCUGUCUUUUAUUGAGUGUGGAAUGGCCACGGAGUCAGAAAGCUCAGCGAAGUCAGCGUACACUGUGUACUCGGAAACCGUAGACCUCAUUAAGUUCGUGAUGUCACUAAAAUCUUUCUCAGAUAACACAAUGCCAGCACAAGAGAAGAUAUUUGCUGUCUUAUGCUUGCGCUGCCAGUCCCUUUUGUACAUGGCAAUGUUUCGAUGUAAAAAAGACUCAGUGAUGAAAUAUUCUCGGACUCUCAGUGAACACUUCAAGAGUUCUUCCAAAGCGGCCCAGGCACCUUCUCCAUGCGUGGCCAGAAGCACAGGCGCUCCGUCCCCCCUCUCCCCAAUGCCUUCUCCUGCCAGCUCCGUCGGGUCCCAGUCAAGUGCUGGCAGCAGUAUGGGGAGCACUGGGGUGACGGCCACCGUCAGUACCCCAGUCACCAUCCAGAACAUGACCUCCUCCUAUGUCACCAUCACAUCCCAUGUCCUUAAGGCCUUUAGCCUUUGGGAACAGGCCGAGGCCCUUACAAGGAAGAACAAAGAAUUCUUUGCUCAGCUCAGCACAAAAGUGUGUGUGUUGGCCCUCAACAGCAGCCUGGUGGACCUGGUGCACUACACAAGACAGGGCCUGCAGCGGCUAAAACAAGUACCCAAAGCCCCCUAACGUAGGCCCGGCCUACCCAUGCUGUGGAGUGUCUGCACAAUUGGAAGCGGUGAUCCAGUGUAGAUGAUUGUCAGAUCGGGAUGUCAGUACUCAACAAGAGAAGCACCAAGCGAUGGCCAGGAUGCUUGUCCACUUAAACUCACAACAGCUGUGUGGUCAUAGGUCAGACACUGGUCAGCUGAGCAGAUGCUGGAAGAUGACCUUGCCUUUCCCAGCAGGAGGACAAGUGCAAUAGAGCCCAACUGGCAUAUGAAUGGUCUAGAAACAUUUCUGUUUUUUUUUUUCUGUUUGUUUGUUUCAACGAUAGGAUAAAGAUUGCAAAUGAGAAGAAGAGAAGCAGUUUCAAGUCCGACAGCAAACUCUUGUCAUCUCAGAAGCCAUCUUAGUUUGCUUCCAGAAAGAAUUGGGUUUUUUAAUAAUAAUUUCUGGUGAAGGGCUUUAUGAUUUUGCUCUCUUUUCAAGUUUUAAAUGAAAUGCUGUUUGAUACAUUCUGAUGGCCAUUUGUGGAACACACGUUGUGAAGGACUCCACUGCACCUCACUUUCUGCAGGGAAGAGCCUGAUGACAGAGUACUACCAUUUACAAUAUUGGUGACACCUCCAUUCUCCAGUGCCUAGAGUGCUUCACAUUGUCUAGCUCUGGUCUCUCUGGCUGUACUGAGAAGCAUCCCAGGUCAGCCUUAUAGGGGAGUGGGAUCUAUCUCACCAUCUUCCCCACACCCCCAGAGACCUCACAUUUCCUCCUGACACACUCCACCAAAGGGACUGGCUAAGCAACACUGACCUUGGGCAAACACAGGGCCGGCCGUAGGCAGAUGCAUUCCGUCAUCUGUCUGCUGGAGCUGGAGUCCUGGGUCCCGACAGUGCAGUGGCUACUCCGUGUAUCAGUGAGCGAAAGUCUUCCUAGAGAGGUUGUAUUUUUCUGCUACAAGUAUUUUAUAUUUAUAGCAAAACUCAGCUUUCCAAAGCCCUUGACUAUCCAGGGGACAUUAGGUCCUUGAGAGGAUGUGGAGAUUGGGGGGUUGGGGUCGGGGUACAGUUAAAUUCAACUUUUAAAAAAAACACCCCACCAUUAUACAUCUUCGCUCCAGACCAUCUUCUCGGGUAUCAUGACUUGAUGAGGUUGAAGAGGAUCUGUGACCCCACCCACAUUAGACCAGGUUCGCUUAGAUGGGAAGUGAAGAAUAUCCAGAAUUCAUACCUGCCCGUUAACACAGGCCUUUCCUUGAGACUUCAAGGUUAUUACUGGAAUACUCUCAAGUGCAGGGUUUUUAAAAAGCCAAUUCUUUCUAUCCCUUCUAGAAAGUAGAGUUUGCACAUGUGUUCACCAUGGAGGCGUGUUAUGGCUCACCCUGCCUCUGCUUCCUGCCAGCCAUGCUUGCUUGUGUGUGUAUUUGGAGAUUAGUGGAGACGGGAGACCCAUCUCUCCUUAGUGACGAUGUCUGUGGUCCCUGUGGUAACAUUAGGGCUUUCUUGGUACCCUGGUAGAUCUACACAGGGUCUCCAAGUGAGGGUGAUGCCUGGUUCUUCAGUGUCUGUGAAACUCCUUGGUCUUCUCAGCCUUCUAUCCUGGUUUGAAUAAAGCCAGAAAAUGGCUACCUUGUGCAUACCUGAGCAUAGACCAAGACUGUGAACCAACUAAGCAGGUUUUUUUAUAUUGAUGUUCUAAAGCCAAGCCAUGUUUGUUAACUGAGUCCAAGUGUAUGGUAGGUGGUCCCUAGCACUGUGUCACCUUUCAGCAGAGUUUGGCUUGUGGGCUAAUCAGGAUCUCUUCCCUCUUCCGCAGCUGUCUAUCCCUUGCUGCCUGUCAGUUGUAAAAUGCCUAUGUUCCUUGUGACAGGUUCUGGUCUAUGGACAUUUUGCCAGAGAAUGUGUGUGUUCUGCCAGCAGGUCACUGUGUCCCUUGCCUGGACACAUUCAGCCAGUACAGGAAGAACAGGCUGCCUCAUUCUUUGUAUGGAUGUGUUUUCACCUCAGCUCUAGAUACUACAAUCUCAUUUGUACCUUGAAAACCAAGGCAGUUGGACAGGAUCCGCUUGUGCCAGUUUUGUCUGUAGCUAUUGCACUGCAAGUUUUCCCACAACCUAGAGAGCGUGAGCCUGUCUGCCUUCUUCAGAGAGAAACCCCAGGGCUGCUCAGUGCUGUUACUGCUUGUUGUAGAACCCCUAAGACCGUGAAUUUAUACCGUCUGCACUGUUCGCUGUAUGCUUACAAUUCCCAGAGGUAAUUAUUUUGGGAGGACUAUAAAAUUAGCCCUUUGAAGAUGCAAUGUUCUUUAACCAUGGAAGAGUACCCACUUUAUGGGGAGGCAGCAUUUAAUGAGAAAGUCUUGCCUUUGCCACUACAAAGGAUGUGUGGCCCAUCUGCCUUCAAUACAAAGCAGAAGAACACACUCCCCGCCCCCCCAGUUGUUGAAUAUUUUCUCUUUUGGAAAUAACUAAAAUUAGAUACAUGUAAAAAGCCCUGUUAGCAUGUCACCAAAACAGAUUGCCCUUGGUUAAGGUGCCAAGAGGGUAGAGCACAUGGCAGGAGGGCCUAGCAAGUGCUUGACAGUGGUCUCUUACAAAGUGCCAUUUAUUUUGUAGAUGUUCUGACAUAUCUGUCCAUCCCCUGAACAACCUGAACCGCCGUCACCCACCCCCACCUGCAGGAAGUUUUUGAACAGGCUCUUUCCCAUCUUGAUUGAAAAUGUGCCUUCACUGUGUUGAGGUUACGGGCAGGACCUUCGUCCUACGAUUCCUGUUUGGUAACUUGUAAAAGGACUUGUGCUCUUGAGCUGUGCUCUCUGAUGCAGAGGAUGAGAGAUUCGGCUAGACAUAUUUGUGCCUUUGCACCAAACCUAAUCUCUGAAGUUGUGCGGUUUGUUUUGCCUUGGCUUUGAGGUUUCACAGGUUUUAUAUGUUUACUUUUCCUGCCUUGUGAAGUUCGAGGUGAGUUGGGCUUAAAAAAAUAUACAAGAUCUUUCCAUGCCUCCUACAGAUUCUUCUUAAUGAUUUAUUUCCCUCAACACUACAAAAUGUCUUUGAAAAUGUACCACUUCAUCUGUUACGCUCUUCACCACUGGUUAGAAGUAUUUAAAUCUCCUCAAUAUUUUGGGGCUCCUUUCUGAAACGCAGAAGUGUAGAUUUUUCUCACUGAAGAAUGAGCUAUGGAGAUGCGAGGAUCAGUUUUGAUGCCCUCUCUCCCUGCCUCUUUCUCCUGGUUUUGGCUCAUUUGGAACGACUGGGAGAGAGGACUUUUCCUGUGGAAGGGAAGUGUGAGGACAGAUGGGCAUGGUGUUGGGAUUUUGGUAUUUCUGCCAGGCGAGCCUCCAUAUGCAGUCCAGUUUCCCACUGACUGAGAACAGCUGCCUUGUGGCCGUGCUCUUGCUGAUGCAUUGGCAACCACCGCCUACCACAUUUCUUCGAGCGGCUGUAAAAUUUCCUGGUUCCUUGGGGGUGAAUCACACUAUUCUGUUCCGCUGUGCAUCAGACAUCAGCAGUUACUGUGAUGGGCAGAGAAGUGCCUCUUUCCCUACCUAAGAGGGAGCCAGAGGACAAGAAGGAAGGCUAGAGCUCUCUGCAAGCCUGUAUAUUGCUACAUCUGUCCUCACAGGACACUGGAUUGAGGCCAGUGGCAGGCAAGCUGAGCUGCACUGUUGGGUCAGGCAGUGGUUGACCUAAGGACAAUGGACUCACUUUGCUUACGUGUUUUAGCAAUGCUCAAUACAGGCAGUAUUAAGUUUGCCAUGACAUGUAUUGCUAAGAACACUGCAUAUCCUCAUGACAAGUGUCCACAUGUGUCCUGAAUUUUAAUUUUUUUUCUGAAUGUGAUCAUGUUUUUGGAUGAUACCUGAGCAGGGUUGCCUUUUUUUUUAUUUAUUACCAUUAUAUAUUAUAUUAUAUAUUAUAUAUUUUCUCUCUUAUGUUAGAAGAAAGUCAAAUCUUGGUAUUAAAGUUACUUUAAAAAGGAAUAUGUUAAGGUGGUGAUGAAAAUCACUGGUCUGCCUUUAAUGAGCUUUUCUUUGAUGACCAUGGAAUAAUGUGCCAGCUAUGCUCAGUACAGUGGUUCUGUGUGCAGGCUGGGGAAGCAGCUGUGCUCCAAGUGAGGAUGUGCAGUGCGAAGGGGGAACACACAGAUUCAAGUCAGCUUCAGCAGAGCAAGUGCAGACGUGGGAGUUAUCUACCCCGUCGGACACUCUGAGAUGAAGCAGACAGGAGCUGGGAGAGAGUUUCAGAAAAUCUGCAAAAGAUCUUUCCAAAGAUAAUGUGCCACAGAUCUUUUGCUUUUCUCUGUAACAAGGACUAAGUGCUAUCUUAGAGAAUGUAAUUGACUUGUUCAUCUUCGCAGUCUUUCCUUUCCACAAAAUCAAACUGUAGGAAAAAAAAGAUAUUUAAUAAAAAUUUAGAGAAAUCAUUGGA